CAACCACCUGUCCUAAUCCGAAUCAUCGUCCACGAUCUUCGAUACCCAUAUAUUAGACUCUGCUACAAAGCCAUCAUCUUAUAUUUCGCUAUUGGCUACUCUUUACUUCAACCUUGCUACCAACAGCACCUCUCAGGACUAGUGGUCAAGACGGCAUAAUGGCACACAACUCAGAUACUUUUCCUCGCCGAAUGGGUAACUACUGGCUACAAGACCGACUUGGAUCAGGUUACUCAGGCUCUAUCUUCAAGGCACACCAUGUUCACGACGGCACUCUCGUUGCGCUCAAAGUGCAAGAUGUCAACCACGAGUGCCCGACAAAUCGCUAUGAGCAGUCCAUAUAUCCUCUACUACAAGGCGGGGAGGGUAUGCCUCGCUUAUGGGCUAACGGUAUCGAGGGAAAGUGGCAUUAUCUGGUUAUAAGUCUCCUCGGAAAGAGUCUGGAGAGUAUCUACCGCCAAAAUCUGCAAGCUGGGCACCAGACGAUGGACCUUCGCAGUGUAUGUUCCAUCGCGAUUCAAGUGAUCGCACGCUUACAGAUCAUGCACAAUCGCGAAGUUCUGCAUCGCGAUAUACAGCUUGGGAACUGUGCUAUCGGAUUGACACCCGAAGAAGAAACUAUCUACAUGAUCGACUUCGGUUUUUCCAAACGCUUUAUCGAUCCGCACACGCGGCGACAUAUUCUGGACUCAAAGCAGAAGAGAGACUUCUUGGGCAACUACUGGUUUACGUCUGUCAAUGUGCAUUGCAAAGGCAAGGUACCGUCACGGCGGGAUGAUCUUGAGGCCGCUGCACUGAUGUUUAUACAUCUUCUUACACCUGGAGGUCUCCCAUGGACACGGAAUGGAGUACCGAAAACCGACUCGGCGCAUGAUCGCAUCAAGCGAGCGAAAAAGAACUCUUGUCCUGAAGACUUGUGCAAGGGAAUGCCUUCUGAGUUUGAAGAGUUCCUGCGGUAUUGUCGACGGCUGAAGUUCCACGACUGUCCUGAUUACGAUCAGUGGAAAGACGAGUUCAAGGCGCUCGCACAAGACAGUGGCUUCACUGAUAUUGAGCGCUUUAUCUGGCCACCACCGAAAGCUUCCAAGGUCGUUCGGCCUGCUCCUACACGACCCACGAUUGACGCAGACGAGAUGGCGAACGUCCUGAAUGACUUGGCUAAGCUCCAGCUCAACCCGCCUCGUCCAAUACUAGGGGACCAAACUAAUGUCCCUGCCCCUACGCGAAAAGAUGACGCCAAAAAGCCUGGUGAAAUCAUAUCCGUAAGCGACAGCUCCGAGGACGGUAGAUCGAAACCAAAUGCCCAACCUCUUCCACCCCGCACUCCCGUGCGAACGAAGAAAGCCAGUCAGCUGCAGAAACUCAAGCUUUCUGUCCUUGAUUCAACAGAUAAUGCCGAGCUUGCGAUCGCCGUGGAAGAGUUCGCGAAAUUCUUGCAACUGGGCUCAAAGACGCUCACGAAAGAGGGUUUCGCCUUUCUGGAUGCAUUGUACAAACAGCUCGCAGAUCCUUCAAUAUUCGUACACCCGCUUCGGACUUUGCGAAGUGCGACUCAAGAGGACACUCGAGCGCCCCAACCGGCACACGUGAAGUUGGGCGUGGUUGCGAGGCUUCGCCGAGAGGUCGGGACUGCAUCGAGUAAUAGGGUGCUUGCGAACCUCGUGGCUGACUUUGGUGCUGUGACAAACAAGAGCAGUGGCAGGACUAUUACCAAGGAUGGGUUUGCGUUUUUGGAGGGAUUAGCCGCAAGGCUUCAAGCGUUAAAUUAGAGAGGGAGUACUUGCGUUUACCAGGCCCCUUUAAUUAGUGAGAUCGAAGUGUUCUAGUGGAAGCGGCCUCGCCUUGUCUCGCACAGGUGUUUGAUCUUGACAGGGGAUAUAUAUAUACAUGGCAAUUUUGCUCUUU